AUGGUAGUGAGACAGCGGGCGGUGGCGACUCUGCCAACACUAUUGCGAGCGCUGCGAAAAGAAGCAAUUUCGAAGCAAAACCAGCCAUUACCGUCCCUGAGAAGAGCUUUCUCUCUCUACGAUCAGAUCAAUCUCAUAGAUAACGUCCCCGAAGACCAGCUCCGCUUCCAAGAGUUUGAUGAUACAGGUUUCAAAGUAAAUGGGGUCAGGUAUGAAGGUAGCUUGCUUUGUGUAGGAAACUUGCUGAUGUCUUGGACUCCCAAUAAGUUUUCAGAGAUUACUGCUGAAAGCUUAUCUAUUUUCCAGACUGUACGGCCAAUACCUGAAAUUUUGGUUCUUGGUUGCGGAAGGAACAUUCAACCGAUAGAUCCUCAACUUCGUAGCUUCAUUCGUUCUACUGGCAUGAAAUUAGAAGCAGUCGACUCGAGAAACGCUGCAUCAACCUACAACGUAUUGAACGAAGAAGGCAGAAUCGUAGCUGCAGCUCUUCUCCCAUAUGGAGUCACUUCUUGA